GAUACUCACAACUCACAUAGAUUCUAGUCAUACUGAAAAUGAUACUGACAUACUGUCAGUCACAGUCAGUGAAGUGUCGAUGUCAUCAAUAAUAGACAAUACUCAAUAAUGAGAGUCAAUGUAACAUUAAUUUAAUAACAAUACUUGAAUUUGAAAGAUUGUCAUUAAUUUAAAUAAUUAUUAAUCAAAUUAUUUAUGUGAAUGAAUAAUGAAUACAUAGAAAUAAAAUUAUUAAAAUUAUACAUGAUCAUCAUCUUGAUAUUGACAUGAUAAUGAUACAUCAACUAAUCUGACUAGUUAGAAGAUUAAUGUUAAAAAUAAAUUAAAAAUGACAGAGUCUGAGUUGAUUCCCUGCUUAGUUAGAGUUGGAGAAAAUGUAAAGAAAUAUCGACUUCUUAAACUUUUAUCCGAUCAGGUAACUAUUGGAAGAUCCUGUGAAGUUACCUAUGCCAUUUUGUCUGAUAUGAUAUCACGAAAUCAUGCUGUGCUCAAGCGUCAAAGUGAUAACAGGUGGACAAUAAUGGAUAAUAAGAGUUUGAAUGGAAUCUUCAUUAAUGGUAACCCUCUGAGUCCCAGCAUUCCUUACACACUUCAAGAUGGAGACAUUGUGCAGUUUGGUGUCUCUGCAAAACCUAACACAGCGGCAGAGUUUGUUUAUAAAUUUUAUUCUAAAAUGAAGAUAUGUGCCAAUAACAAAAAGCAGAAACUGGAUAAGGCAGUUAGCCAGAACACUGAGAGUACUGAUGAAUCAAUAGAAACAGAAGAGCAUCUUAGGAGAAGAAAGAUUCCUUGUAAAAAACCUGAUCAAGAUACACAUUUGAAAGAUGACUUGGACAAGAUUGCUUUAGAUUACCAAGUGAAGAUUCAAGAAAUGGAAAAGAGAUUAAAGGAGAAGGAAGAACAAGAAAAAAAGGUUCAGGAAGAGUUAGAACGGGAAAGAAAAGAAAAAGAGAGCCAGGUCAAUGCUGUCAAGGAAAUGAAAUUGAAAGAGCAAGCAAUACUUCAAGAAUUGGAGGAUAAACAGAAACAAUUGGACAUUGAGAAGGAAAAUUUGAAAAGAAAAAUGCAAGAAGAAUUAGAAGCAAAUCUUAAAGAGCGGGAAGCAACUUUGUUGGCGCAAUUAACGGCAGAAAAAGAAGCAUUGUGGAAUGAGAAGAAACAGAUUGAAGAAAGUUUGUCCAAAGAAAAUGCCAAAGUUUUGGAAGAGAAGAAUAAAGUGUUAGAAGAGCAGCUGUUGAAUCAAAAGGAAAAACUACAGAAAAUCAUUGAUAAAAAGGAACUGGAGCAAAAAGUUCUAGAAAGCCAACUGGACAGCACCAAGAAAGAGAGUGAGAUAGCCAAGUUACAAGUCUUGCAAGCCAGAGAGGAGAUCUUAUCUAACUUUGUGAACUUAAUGGAAGUAGAACUGCAGUGCUCUAUUUGUAGUGAGCUGUUUAUUAAGGCCACAUCUCUGAACUGUGCACACGUCUUCUGCAAGCUGUGUAUUAGUCAAUGGAUGAAAGUCCGUAAGGAAUGUCCUGUCUGUCGCACUAGUAUCACCUCACAGGUGCAAGCCCUGGCGCUGGACAGCUAUAUUGAGAAAAUGGUUGAGCAGUUGAGUGAUGAACAUAAGAAUAAAAGAAAAGAACUUAUUUUGCAAAGGAAAGCUGACCAGGACAAGUUUGACAAUGUUAAAGCCGGUCCAUCUACCAGCACUGACAAUGGCAGAACUCGUGGGAGGAUUCGUGGCACUGGCAGGACCCGGGGAAGUAGAAGAGCUAACAGGGCAAGGGGAAGGUCUAGAGCACAAACAUCAGAAACAGCAAGCACUACAUCAGUGAACGAACCAAUAGUCUUAAGUGACAGUGAACACUUUAGUGAUGAUACUGAACGGGCUCUGAGAUUUUUUGAGGCUGCUGAUGAUGUCAUGUCAGGCUCCAGUGAUGAAACGGAUAUGGACGACAUCGAUUCCAGAAGUGGCUCAAGUAGCAGUGAGUCAGUCGAAGGAGAAUCUGAUGCUUACUAUGGUGGUUACGGUCGUUGUUAUAACUGUGGCUCCAGAGGUCACUGGUCUAAUGGAUGUCCUUAUUGAAUUCAGGAGCAAAAAUAUGUGAAGCAGCCUCCGCAGAAAAUAUUUGAAGCAGCCGAGUUCAUGAAUUUGUUUCCUUUAACUGAUUGGGUGGUAAUCAUUACCACAUCUGUACAUAAAUAAGAAUGAAUAAAUUGUUUGAUUGCACAUCUAUUUCUAUGAGAUUAGCGGCAAUGUAAAUAUUAUAUUGAAACACAAAUCAAACCUUAAUCAUAGUUACUAUUAUAUUGAAACACAAAUCAAACCUUAAUCAUAGUUACUAUUAUAUUGAAACACAAAUCAAACCUCAAUCAUAGUUACUAUUAUAUUGAAACACAAAUCAAACCUUAAUCAUAGUUACUAUUAUAUUGAAACACAAAUCAAACCUUAAUCAUAGUUACUAUUACAUUGAAACAUAAAUCAAACCUUAAUCAUAGUUACUAUUAUAUUGAAACACAAAUCAAACCUUAAUCAUAGUUAUGGUACAAUCCUAUUCUGAGAUGUUAUCGUAUUGAUCUGUACUUAUAGUGAAUGUGAUAAAUCUAUAAUCAACAUUUUUCUUUGUAUCUAUAUAUAUGUAUCAGUAUGUAAAAACAUAAUGUUACCAGAAUGAUGUGACCAAUUGUUCCCUUAAGAAAGCACCAUGCUAUUUAAAAUAUUCAGUGUUUUUUAAAAGCCAUCAUAAGUAAAAAGCUGCUCUUGUGUUUGAGGUAUCUAUCUGUUUGUCUAUCAUGUUUAGAUAUCUAGUAGUGAAGUUGAGAAUUUGAUUUAAUCUAUAUCCUUCACUCUUAAACGUAACGACUUUUGGUCUUCUGUUUUAAAAUACAUACGUAUAAACCAUUCUUAAAACAAGGUGACAAGGGCACACUACGUUCUUCAUCAUGUUAGAACAUCUGCUACAGUCUCUUUAAAAAAUUGACUAAUUUUUAUAAAAUUAAGUCAACAGAUGUUUUAAUUUUUUCUUCAGCAAAAUCUGUAAAUGAUGAUCAUGCUCUCUUGUUAAUUAUUAUUGUUGUUUUUUUGUGUGUAUAGCCUGUCUUUCUCCGUGCUCCCCUAACGUGCACAUUGCACUCUGGUUCAAGCUCAAUCUCUUUUAUGGAUAUGGGGGGAAGGUUUCCAUGCUACAUUUAGGCCGUCAGCAAACACAACUGUUUUGGGGUACAUCUUAAAUGAAAAAUUCCAGGUCUAUGUUAGGAAUCAAAAUCUGGACCCCCCCCCCCCUCAGUUGGGAACAAGCAAUGUUAAUACUGUUGUGAAUAUGAUAUAGGUGACUUUGUUUGUUAAUAUGUUGAAUAAGUUGUACAUAAUCAUACUAGCUCUGAAGGAAUGCUUUGUGGUUUACUUUUGGUUUGCAAUCAGUAUUUUUGGAACCAAGCUAGAUAGCAAAAUAGAUUGGUUUGAUACAAAAAGUAAGAGAGACAAAUGUAAAAAAAUUUUUCAUAAAAAUCUUCAAGAUGUUACAGUUCAGAAAAUAAUAAUUCAAUUUUUUUUGUUACAAAAGAUCUACAGGGUUGAAGGUUCAAUAAAGAAAAGGAAAACAUGGAACAUGAUAGGACUGAAGGGUUUUGUCUUCUUCCUUCUCAUCUGUAAUAUUGGAGGGAUCAAUUAGCUCUGGAUUUGAGAGAAAUUGUAAUUUCUAGUAACUGUUUGUCUUGGGGGGGGGGGGGAUAUUGUUUAGCCAAUGUCUUGACCAUGUCUCUAGGAGCUGAAUGCAGGCUUAAAGAACAUGAUCAACAUACUAAGGUGUCGCUUAUCUCAAUUUUUAUCUUUGAGAACAUUGACUAACCAUGCUGUGUCUUGUUCUUAGUUCCUAAUGCCUUGGUGGCAUUUAUUAUGUUAAUCUUCAUGGUUUGAUGUGUGCGUUUGUUGCCUUGGGCAAUAUUUGAUGGACUUGUACAGCCAUCUUUCUGUAUUAUUUUGUUGGCUCUCAGGUACAUGCACAGGCCCAUUUACAAACAAGAAGACAAUUAAAUGAUUUUAAGUUUAAGCCAUACAAAUUGUUAAAUUUGUUCAGUAAAUGUUUAAUACUCUAGAUGAAACUAGGAAUUAAAGUCAAAAUAUUUGUUUAGUAUUUGUUACAUGCUACUAAUGAAACUGAAGAUUUUCUUGAUGUGGCUAAAAUGUCUCCCUUUUUUCAUAAAUCUCUUCAAGAGGGUUUGUUGUUUAGCACAUAAAAUAUUUUCAUGAUAUUUUAAACUAAAACUGUCAAUUUCAUUUUAUCAUUUUGAUGCAAUGAAUUGAAUUCUUUGAAAAGUUGAAAUGUUGGCUGUUACAAUCAGUAUCUCUCCUCAUUAUUUGCUUAGAAAUAGAUUUUUAAAAUUCUACCUUUUAUAUGUAUAGAAGUUAUACCCAGAUUAUAUUCUAGCCACAUAGUGAAUUUUUCUAGUCAAUAAGUAUAGAUAGUUCAUAGACAUUGUACUUAGACUAGUCAAACUUAUACACAGCAAAAAGUUACUACUGAUGUUCUGAUCUGCAUAAUUUGAAUAAAUGCUUGCAAAUAGACACUUGGAUACAUAUCUGAGCUAUUAAAAAAACAAAACAAA